CAGAAACCAAAAAUAAUCCAAAUACCAAAAAAACAUAAACAGAACCCAGAAACCAUAUCCAAAAACAAAAAAUUUUGAACUGUUUCAUCAAACAAACAAAACUUAUUACAAAACAAAAAAAGCAAGACACUAGAGAAAAUCAGAUAUAUAAAGAAGAUCAAACCAUCGAAAAGAAGAAUCGAAUAUUAAUUAAUCUUUUCUCUUCACAUUUUCUUUCUCUAAAAUCUGUAAAAGACAAGAAUUUUCGAAAGACACAAAAUCAAAAUGACGGACGCCCACGCUGCCAGGACGAUCGUCGGAAUCAUCGGAAACGUGAUUUCUUUCGGCUUGUUCUGCGCUCCAAUACCAACGAUGGUGAAGAUAUGGAAGAUGAAAUCGGUGUCGGAGUUUAAGCCAGAUCCGUACGUAGCUACGGUUUUAAACUGCAUGAUGUGGACUUUUUACGGACUUCCGUUCGUCCAGCCCGACAGUCUCCUCGUCAUCACCAUCAAUGGAACUGGUCUUUUCAUGGAACUCGUUUAUGUCACCAUCUUCUUCGUCUUCGCUUCCUCCUCCGUCCGCAAAAAGAUCACAAUAGCUAUGGUGGUCGAGGUGAUAUUCAUGGCGGUGGUGAUCUUCUGCACAUUGUACUUUUUGCAUACAACGAAACAGAGAUCUAUGCUUAUUGGGAUCUUGUGCAUUGUUUUCAAUAUUAUCAUGUAUGCUGCUCCUUUAACCGUCAUGAAACGAGUGAUACAGACAAAGAGCGUGAAGUACAUGCCCUUCUUCCUAUCAUUAGCCAAUUUCAUGAACGGUGUUGUUUGGGUCAUUUAUGCAUGUCUCAAAUUCGACCCCUAUAUUUUGAUUCCAAAUGGUCUUGGAUCCCUAUCAGGAAUAAUCCAGCUUUUAUUAUACGUAACUUACUAUAAAACAACUAACUGGAACGAUGAAGAUGACGAGAAAGAAAAGGGCACUUCAAAUGCUGAAAUCGAGCUUGGCCGAGCUUGACAAUUUGCAGCUAUGGCUCGCACUUUUUCCUUUUAUUUAAUUUAUGUUUUACGAAAGCAUCAUCGUCCACUGGUCAUUACCAGCUUCAUCGUCAGGUCAACAUAGAAUCAGAAGAGAUGCCUAUGAAGAAACAAAAAAAAAAAAGAAGAAGAAGUGGAACCCCCGAAGUUCGAAGUUUUCUUGAGUAGAAAGAAAGAGGUUCCACUUUUUUGUUGAAAUGAUUAUAUAACUUUGGCAAGUUGAACCUAUGUAAUUUGUUACAAUUACAGUUUUAAUCAAAGUUUUAUUAGAUUAUUUCAUAACAUUUUCUUGUAAGCUGUAAAGGACAAAAACAAACUCGUCAAAUAUAAUUGAUGUUAAGUAAGAACAGAGAAAUAAAC